AUGGCGGACCGGCGGCGACGGAGGCGGCGCGCGUCGCAGGACAGCGAGGACGACGACGAGUCCGGCUCGGGCUCGGACACCCCGAGGUCCGGCUCUCCCGCCAAGAGCCGCCUGCGCGACCCCGAGCCGCCGGAGGAGGCGCCGGCCCGCGUGGAGCCCAAGCCCGACGUGCAGUCCGAGUGUGAGAGUGAAGAUGGCGUCGGAGAAGCUGUCCUCUCUGACUACGACAGCGCUGAUCCAGAAGAAAACGGAUCCCAUUCAGAGGGAGCCGAGGAGGAGGAGGAGGCCGAACAGUUCAGCGAUGAAGAAACUCCAGCAGCAGCCAGCGAACCCAAACAGCCUGCAGCCGACGGCCCAACGAAGGUAGAGGAGGAGGGGAAGCAGAAGGAGGAGCAGCAGCAGCAGCAGCAGGAGGAGGGGGAGGAGGAGCAGCAGCAGGAGGAGGAGGAGCAGCAGCAGCAGCAGCAGAAGGAGGAGGAGGAGGAGGAGGAGGUGGUGGUGGUGGUAGAGGGGGAGGGAGAUGGAGAGAAGGAGGCAGAGGAGGAAGGGGAGGAAGGAGGACGCAGUAAAGGGGAGACCAAGGCGGAGGAGAAAGAGAACCUGUCCGGAGAGAGACAGAGCGGAGACGGACAGGAGUCGACAGACGACCCUGAGACGAAGGUGGGGAAACCUGGCCAGAAGCUGGACGAUGACGAGGACAGGAAGAACCCGGCCUACAUCCCGAGGAAAGGACUGUUCUUUGAGCACGACGUCAGAGGACACGCCCAGGAGGAGGAGAGACCUAAAGGACGAAACAGGAAGUUGUGGAAGGACGAGGGUCGCUGGGACCACGACCGGUUCCGUGAGGAGGAGCAGGCGCCGAAGAGCCGCGAGGAGCUCAUCGCCAUCUACGGCUACGACAUCAGGAACGGAGGCGGCUCCGGAGAGAGGACGUACCGGCAGCGCAGACCGAGACAAAGUACGUCUCCCAUCAGAGACAAACGGUGGAGAGACGGAGAGAGACCGGUCCGGUCCUGGCAGAGUGGUGGAGGAGGAGGAGGUCUGAACCGAGGAGCUCCUCCUUCAUCCGGCCAGCCCCCCUCUACGUCCCCCUCCUCCCUCCCUCUCUCCUCCGCUCAGCGUAGCAGCAACCCCUCCAGACCUCCUCCCCCCCGCAGCAGAACGUCCUACCACAACCAGAUGCACCUCCCGCCCCAGUACAGGAAUAACGAAUCAAACGCACCCCCGAUGCACCCCAGAGAACGACACGGGCCUAAAGGUCCGUCCGACCCCUCAGGGGACCGGGGAGUGGUCAUCAGGGCGGGGCGUGGCGGCGGGGGGAGGGGCCCCUCCGUGCUCAUCGAGGACAUUACCGUCAACAAAGGAGGCGUUCGGGAACCGGACCAGAACGUGACGCCGCUCACAUCGUCACAACCGGGCGGGUACCAGUCUGUGUCGCCAAGGCGACAGCAGCAGGACCACAGGGGAGGCGCCGACAGAUCUGCGUCGGGAUUGGCCGCUUCCUCCUCCAGCUCUGACCCCUCCCUGCAGUCGCAGGCGGCGACGACCAAUCGGGAGGCUUCUCCUCCCGCCGAGCGGCCGGUGGAGCGUAAAUCUUACUCUCUGGCUCGCAGGACUCGCUCUCGACCCGCCGACCUCGGCAGCAAACAGCCGUCCGUGGAGGAGUCCGCCGCCACCACAGGGAACGCCGCCCCCUCCACCCCCAGCGGGGUGGGGGGGAAGAGCUGGGCGGGAGCAGGAGACGGGCCGAGUCAGGGAGGAGGAGGAGGAGGAGGAGGAGGAGCGGCGCUGGCGGAGCUGGACCAGGACGUGGCUCGACUCAGUCUGGCAGGACAGAGCUGGAGCCCGAGUCCAACGUCCUACUUCAGGUCUGAGAUGAGAGGCCUCCCCUCCACCAUGCACAUCCCCAGCAGCCCGCCUCAGUUCUCCAACAUGGAGGAGAUGGGCGUCGGCUCCAAUCGGGCCAAACGCUACUCGUCUCAACGCCAGAGAGCCGUGCCGGAACCGGCGCCGCCGCCGAUGCACCUCGGGGUGAUGGAGGGCCACUACUACGAACCCAUGUCGUAUCAAGGACCAAUCUACGCCCACGGAGAUGGCCCCGCCCCCAUCCCGCCGCAAGGCAUGCUGGUCCAGCCUGAGAUGCACAUGCCCCACCCGGGUCUCCAUCCCCACCAAUCAGGCGGCCCGAUCGCUAACCCCGCCCUCUACGGAGGCCCGCCCGUUUCUCUGUCGCCGGGGCAACCGCAGCAGCUGCUGCCGCCGCCUUUCUACCCUCCGCCGGGGGUCAUGACCUUCCCGUACCCGACCAUGUACCCGACUCCACAGGCUCAGGCCCAGGUGACCUACGGAGGAGUGACGUACUACGACACCAUGCAGCAGCAGGCGCAGCCCAAACCAUCGCCCCCGACGCACCUCCCAGCCCGUCUCCGUCAAGCCCCCCCUCCGGAGGUGCACUUCGCCUCAGAGUGACCCCGCCCACCCUCACC